AUGGUAAGACUGAAUUACUUAACUAUUAUAUCUAUUGUCCUAGUUGCUUUAUUCACUCAUUCCAUCACUAUAUCAGCUGCAUCUGCUAAUCCAGAGCUAAAUUCCAAGCAAGCUCUUACCAUGAAAGCAUCAAAUACAAGCUCUAUCCAAACCCAAGUACUUCCAGAUCAAAUGAAACUAUCGCCCAGAAUGUCUAUUGUAAGAGACUGGUGGAACCAGUUAAUUGGCUGGAUAGAUGGUUUCCAUAUCACCAGAGAAGAACUGAUUGAAGAUAAAAAGAACGAAAUAGAUAAGAAGAAACUUCGAAGACAGCAACUCUCUUAUAAGUUUGUGUGCAUUAGUAUCAGUAUUAUUAUCUUACUUGUGAUUAUGGGAGCCAUUUUCUGGUAUCUCUAUGGCCCCACCAUGAACGACCCCGGCCACAAUCCUUUAUACCGAAUUCAUCCAUCAGAAUUCGACGAAAUCGUCAAGCGCAUCAAAGGCAAUUCUGGCUAG